GAAUAAGCGGGGCGUCUACACUACGCUACAUGUACAUCUAUUCAGAUUUGCCUCUACGCUCAGCACGCAAAGCAACAGAUUGGUACAGGAAGAACUAUGAACAGCCAAGCCAUCUUCUGUCCACAAAACAGGCUUGCUUGACAACCGCAAGCUGCAUUUCUGCUGCGGGUCAUGGGAAUUCGGAUACCACAGCAGCUGCAUUCAAACACUUUCGCACACUAUGCCCUGCUCUCUACAACUGCUGCGGCUUUGGCUCAGAGAUGAACCACAGUUUUCUAUCCUAAUGUCUUUAAAAGCG